AUGGACGGAUCCGAACAGCGUCCCGAGGAUCAGCUGUCGGUCUUGAGCGUAAUCAAGUCAAUUUUUGAGGAUUUUAAUUUAGUUGAAUACACUGGUGAAAUACUUGUCGAUGCUAAAUAUAAUGCGCUGUAUGCCGGGAGAUCACAAGUUGCUGAGAAGGAUCUAGAUUUGGCCGUUGAAAAUAAGAUGGAAAACGUUAUGCUUGCGCCGCUUCACAGGGCGCAACUUCUCGAAUAUGCCGAAAAAAUAAACUCCCAGACACUUCCCUCAAUUAAAUCUGGGCCGGGAUUAAAGUUAGCCCCAGAGAAGUACACGAUCACGGCACCAAACUAUUGCAUUACCUCCAAUACCGGUGCAAGUGCGACUUUCACGAAUGUGUCUGGCUCUAUGAAUGUGUCCUCCAGAAUUGUGCUUCCUAGCAAUACGAGCGCUAGUUCUGGUGGACUAGCUGUUUAUCGUGUUUCAAAUGCUCCCGGCAGCAACCCGCAGGGUCAGCUCGCAACCGUGAUGCCCACAUCUUCCACUAAUUCGGGUUCGAUAUCUGACUUGCCGGGAUCUGGAAUUCAUGUAAUCACACCCGGAAAUGCGUCAGCUUCCCUCAUUCGCGUGCAGUCCUCCACAUUUGCACAACCAGGGCACGCACUGGUGUGUAAUACCACUCCGAAUUCCGCUAGCAACACAUCAAAUCUCCGCCGGAAGUUCUCGGAAGAGUAG